GGUGGGACCUGGAGUUGUGUAUUUCCCUUCCUCUGUGUGGAAAACUAGAGGGGCUGACAUUGGUUAUUUCACUGUUCCCAGGAUCUGUCCCACUGUAGCCUGAUUCCACUUGGAGCCCAACAUCUGAGAGGUAAUUUGUCACUUCUGAAUGUGCAGAACAUUGACAUUCUCCAUGAGAAGAGACAACAUUGAGUAGUGGACAACAAUUUUGGCAUCUCUCCAGUUCAGCUCUCAGCGUCCCCUUGUGACUGCUUCAUAGCCAGCAGUUUUGGCUACUUGCUUCUGAUACUAUCUUUCUGAUAACAGAGGAAACCCUACUGUCCGCCCAUUGGUUUCAAAUACUGGCACUCAGUUCUCCUUAGUCUCACUUGAUUCCAGAAGAUACAAUGGAGAAGUACACAGAAACACCACCUAGCUUGCAGGUAGAGCAUUCCUCUCUUCAGGAAGAAAAUCUGUUUCUGCAGCCACAAAUACAGCAUCUGACAGAAGAGAACCCUGAACCGAGGGGCCAAAUCAUGCCUGCCCUGGCCACCCCGUUGAUGUCUGUACCCUGCUCACUUGAGCAUCUCUCUCAGUUUCAUGGUGACCCUGACAAUCUCUUGACGACUGUCAAGAUCCCCAAUCCUGCAGAUGAUGUCCAAGUCAAGUUCUUUUUAAACUACCUAGCUCAGCACAUGGAAAGUUGUGGAGUCAUAUCUGGGCCUAACCAGAGCACUUUGCUGAAACAAUAUGAAAAGUUUGUUUUUGAGUUCCAGCAAUCAUUUGGUGAGCCUACAAAACAGGAAACAGACCCCAUGAACAAAGAGGACAACUCCUCUCAGCAGAAUGCUUCUACUUUCAAUCUCCUUGCUCAAAAUCUGAGCUGUAAUGAAACCAAUCAGAGUGACCACUUCCAAGAGGGACUAGCUGACUCCAUCCAGGAUGAAGUGAGUGACACAGAUAUGAUGGACAACCUUCCAGACCUGAUCACUCAGUGUAUUCAGUUGGACAAGAAACGUAGUGACAGGCCAGAGCUCCUACAGUCAGAGACGCAGCUCCCAGUGUUGGCUUCCCUGAUCCAACACCAACCCUUUUCCAGCCCCACAGAUGUAUCAGCCAAGGAAGAGCCUAUACAGUUGCGUGGAAGCCAGCCACCUCUCACCCCAGCCAAACGAGCCCGCCAGCAAGAAGCUCAGCUGUGCCUCUACUGCAGCCAGGCUGGUCACUUCACAAGAGAUUGCCUUGCCAAACGUUCUCGGGCCCCAGCAAGGAUAAAUAACCCAACUCGCCAGUAAGAGAGCCCAGGCAGGUCACUUUGUAAACGUAUAUCCCUCUCACCUCCAGCCUUAUUAAUUUAUAUCCCGCAUUAACAUUUCAAAUACAGGUGGGGAACUGUGAUACCACUUCAUAGACAGUCAUGAACUUAUGUGAUUCUGGGAGUUUAAAUAAUCAGAUCUUGUUCAUUUGGUGACCCAUCACCAAACCAAACCAAACCCAACAAUGAUGAAAACAAUUUGCAGGCACUCUCUGCAUUUGGAACCAAUAACCCAAGAGUACUGAAACUCUGUAGGCAAAACUGGCCAGUCUAAGCCAAUGAAAAUAUCCCUGAAAGUACCCUGGGAACUCCAUUCCCUCCAGUGAAUGAGAUCUGGGUUGAGUUUGUUGGCCUAAGUCUUCUGGGACUAAGAUUAGGCCCAAGACUUUCACCUUCACCCUCAUUGGUCUAUAUUCUAGUUCCCUGUUGGUUUAAGACCUUCGGUUGAAUUCCUAAUUGCAUCCCAUAUCCUA